CCGCCUCUUUCUCUGUCUCUCCCCCCCGGUCCUCCUCGCGCCGCCUGUUAACGCUCGUGCUCCUGUUGGACGUUCCUUUCCUGCCUUAAAAGUCGGGUGUCUUUUAUGAAUAAUCAAAAGCAGCAAAAGCCAACGCUAUCAGGCCAGCGUUUUAAAACUAGGAAAAGAGAUGAAAAAGAGAGGUUUGACCCUACUCAGUUUCAGGACUGUAUUAUUCAAGGUUUAAAUGAAACUGGCAGUGACUUGGAAGCAGUAGCGAAAUUUCUUGAUGCUUCUGGAGCAAAGCUUGAUUAUCGCCGCUAUGCAGAGACACUCUUCGACAUUCUGGUGGCUGGCGGAAUGCUGGCCCCAGGUGGUACGCUGGCAGACGACAUGAUGCAUACAGAUGUCUGUGUUUUCGCAGCACAGGAAGACCUAGAAACGAUGCAAGCAUUUGCUCAGGUCUUUAACAAGUUGAUCAGGCGUUACAAAUACCUGGAAAAAGGUUUUGAGGAUGAAGUCAAAAAGUUGCUGCUAUUCUUGAAAGGUUUUUCAGAGUCUGAGCGGAACAAGCUGGCCAUGCUGACUGGUAUUCUUUUGGCCAAUGGGAACCUUAAUGCAUCAAUUCUCAACAGCUUGUAUAAUGAGAAUCUCGUUAAAGAAGGCGUUUCAGCAGCUUUUGCGGUAAAGCUGUUCAAAUCAUGGAUAAAUGAAAAGGACAUCAAUGCAGUGGCUGCUAGCCUCCGUAAAGUCAACAUGGACAACAGGCUGAUGGAACUGUUUCCUGCCAACAAACAAAGCCUCGAACACUUCACAAAAUACUUCACAGAUGCAGGACUGAAGGAACUUUCCGAGUACGUCCGGAACCAACAAAGCAUCGGGGCUCGUAAAGAGCUGCAGAAAGAACUGCAAGAGCAGAUGUCACGUGGGGAUCCAUUUAAGGAUAUUAUCUUGUACGUCAAGGAAGAGAUGAAAAAGAACAACAUAUCGGAACAGACUGUGAUCGGCAUUAUCUGGUCCAGUGUGAUGAGCACCGUGGAAUGGAAUAAAAAGGAGGAGCUAGUAGCAGAACAAGCCAUCAAGCACUUGAAGCAAUACAGCCCUCUCCUCGCUGCCUUUACAACCCAAGGUCAGUCUGAACUGACACUGUUGCUCAAGGUUCAGGAGUACUGUUAUGACAACAUCCACUUCAUGAAGGCCUUCCAGAAAAUAGUGGUGCUCUUCUACAAAGCCGAGGUGUUAAGUGAAGAACCCAUCCUCAAGUGGUAUAAAGAUGCGCACGUUGCAAAGGGAAAGAGCGUCUUUCUGGAGCAAAUGAAAAAGUUUGUUGAAUGGCUCAAGAAUGCUGAGGAAGAAUCUGAAUCCGAAACGGAAGAAGGUGACUAAGUUGUCAAACUGUCAACAGUAAAGCAAACAGGAGCUGUAGAUAAAAUGU